AUGGUCUCUCUACCAGACGUCCAGUCCUCAAAUUCCCAAAUCGCCACCACGCUCCCAGGUCUCGUGGCAGUCUUUGUAGGCGCAACAAAUGGCAUCGGCGAAGCAGCCCUAAAAGAAUUCGCCCGGUCAGCCCGAUCACCUCGCGCGUACUUCAUCGGCCGCUCGCAAGAAGCCGCAGCCCGCAUCACAGCCGAAUGCCGCCAGUUGAACCCGGAGGGAGAAUUCAUUUUCAUCCAAGCGGACGUUAGUCUAAUUCGGAACGUCGACGCGGCCUGUCGCGAGAUUCGGAGUAAGGAAAAGAGUAUCAACAUCCUCUUCCUUAGCUGUGGAACUAUUCGGUGCGGAGAAGAUACAUCCGAAGGCCUCCAUAUCAUGUCUGCAACUGGAUAUUACGCGCGAACACGAUUCAUCGCCAAUCUCCUCCCAAAUCUCAAACAAGCAACAAGUUUACGACGUGUCGUCAGUGUCCUAGCUGGCGGCCACGAAGGUCCCAUUGACAUAACCGAUUUCCAAGGAAAGACGAUGUCCAUGCUAAAGAUACGUGGACAUCUUGUGUCCAUGACUGAUAUGGCACUGGAAACACUGGCCGAGCAAGCGCCAGAAGUGACGUUUAUUAACGAUUACCCCGGUGCAGUUAAGACAGGGAUUGGACGCGAGUCGAAUACUCUGCUGGCCUGGUUUAUGACUAUCGUGCUUAUGAUUAUUGGGCCAUUAAUAUAUAUCCCGAUCCGGGAGUCCGGGGAGAGACAUCUAUUCUUCGCUACGAGUGCAAAGUAUCCUCCCCGUGCCCGUUCCGAUACCGCGGCGGAAGCUUCCUCUGGUGUGCCUUUGUCGGAGGGGGUUGAGGUUGCCAGUGGGACGGAUGGGAAGAUUGGGAGUGGGGUUUACAGUAUUCACUGGAGUGGGGAGCAUGCUGGUCCAAAGGUCGUUGAGUUGUUGGCUGGACUGCGCGAGCAGGGGAUGGCACAGAAGGUUUGGAAGCAUACGGUUGGGGAGUUUAAUAGAAUUGUAGGGUCGGCGGAUGUCUGA